AUGGGUCGUUGUUGUUUUGUCAUCAAAUGGUACUAUCAUGACAUACCCUUGAAAGUUUUUCUCAUCCUUUGUGUUUUCUUCUUAGUUCAUGGCUAUGCACUUUCCUCGGAUUCGGAUAAAUCAGCGCUCUUGGAGUUAAAGGCCUCAUUUUCAGAUUCCUCUGGAGUGAUUUCUAGCUGGAGCUCCAGAAAUAAUGAUCACUGUUCAUGGUUUGGUGUCUCCUGUGAUUCCGAUUCACGUGUUGUGGCUUUGAACAUCACUGGAGGUAAUUUGGGUUCUUUAUCUUGUGCUAAAAUUGCUCAAUUUCCUUUGUAUGGCUUUGGAAUUACAAGGGUUUGUGCUAAUAAUAGUGUCAAGCUUGUUGGUAAAGUACCUCUCGCAAUAUCAAAAUUAACUGAACUAAGGGUUUUAUCCUUGCCUUUUAAUGAAUUGCGUGGUGAUAUUCCAUUGGGAAUUUGGGAUAUGGACAAACUUGAAGUUUUGGAUCUGCAAGGGAAUUUAAUUACUGGGUCUUUGCCAUUGGAGUUUAAGGGGUUGAGGAAAUUGAGGGUUUUAAACUUGGGUUUUAAUCAGAUUGUGGGUGCCAUACCGAAUUCCUUGUCAAAUUGCCUUGCUCUACAAAUCUUUAAUCUUGCUGGAAAUAGGGUAAAUGGGACCAUUCCAGCAUUCAUUGGUGGAUUUGAAGAUCUGAGGGGAAUCUACCUGUCUUUUAAUGAGCUUAGCGGGUCUAUUCCUGGUGAAAUUGGGCGUUCUUGUGAGAAACUUCAAAGUCUAGAGAUGGCAGGUAAUAUCUUAGGUGGUGUUAUUCCAAAAAGUUUAGGGAACUGCACACGGUUGCAGUCACUUGUCUUAUAUUCAAAUUUGUUGGAAGAGGCUAUUCCAGCUGAAUUUGGUCAACUAACUGAGCUCGAGAUUCUUGAUUUGUCUAGGAACAGCCUAAGUGGUCGACUACCAUCUGAGCUGGGAAACUGCUCGAAACUAUCCAUUCUUGUACUGUCAAGUUUGUGGGAUCCCCUUCCAAAUGUGUCUGAUUCAGCUCAUACUACUGAUGAGUUUAACUUUUUUGAAGGCACAAUCCCAUCAGAGAUCACCAGGCUUCCUAGUUUGAGAAUGAUAUGGGCUCCCAGGUCAACUCUUUCAGGAAAAUUUCCUGGCAGUUGGGGUGCUUGUGACAAUUUGGAGAUCGUGAACUUGGCUCAAAAUUAUUAUACUGGAGUGAUUUCUGAGGAAUUGGGUAGCUGCCAGAAGUUGCAUUUUCUUGACUUGAGCUCAAAUAGGCUGACUGGACAGCUUGUUGAGAAACUGCCAGUUCCUUGCAUGUUUGUGUUCGAUGUGAGUGGGAAUUAUCUCUCUGGUUCAAUUCCCAGGUUUUCCAAUUACAGUUGUGCUCAUGUUGUUUCCAGCGGUGGAGAUCCAUUUGGGCCCUAUGAUACAUCAUCUGCAUAUCUAGCACAUUUCACCAGUAGAAGUGUUCUAGACACUACAUUAUUUGCAGGUGAUGGUAACCAUGCAGUAUUUCAUAAUUUCGGUGUUAACAACUUCACGGGAAAUUUACCGCCUUCCAUGCUAAUUGCACCUGAAAUGUUAGGCAAACAAAUUGUAUACGCAUUUCUUGCUGGUAGUAACAGGUUUACUGGACCUUUUGCUGGUAACUUGUUCGAGAAAUGUCAUGAAUUGAAUGGAAUGAUUGUUAAUGUAAGCAAUAAUGCGUUGUCAGGUCAAAUCCCAGAGGAUAUUGGUGCAAUUUGUGGGUCUCUUAGGCUGUUGGAUGGAUCCAAAAAUCAGAUUGUUGGGACAGUCCCUCCGAGUUUAGGGAGUCUGGUUUCAUUAGUUGCUCUCAAUUUAAGUUGGAACCACCUGCGAGGUCAGAUUCCUAGCAGACUUGGCCAGAUAAAGGAUCUCAGUUACCUCUCUUUGGCUGGCAAUAAUCUGGUUGGCCCAAUCCCCUCAAGUUUUGGCCAAUUGCACUCUUUAGAAACGCUUGAACUUUCUUCGAAUUCUUUGUCUGGUGAAAUUCCAAAUAAUCUGGUAAAUUUGAGGAAUUUGACUUCCCUUCUUCUGAACAACAACAAUUUAUCAGGGAAAAUACCUUCAGGCUUGGCCAAUGUGACCACACUGGCAGCAUUUAACGUUUCUUUCAAUAAUCUGUCUGGGCCACUGCCUCUUAACAAAGAUUUGAUGAAGUGUAAUAGUGUUCAGGGAAACCCCUUUCUGCAAUCGUGCCAUGUAUUUUCUCUAUCAACACCUUCUACAGAUCAGCAGGGAAGAAUAGGGGACUCACAAGAUUCUGCUGCGUCUCCUUCAGGUUCAACCCAGAAAGGAGGGAGCAGCGGUUUCAACUCCAUAGAGAUUGCAUCCAUAACAUCUGCGGCAGCUAUUGUGUCAGUUCUUCUUGCUCUGAUAGUCCUGUUCUUUUACACCAGAAAAUGGAAUCCAAGAUCUAGAGUUGCUGGAUCUACCAGGAAAGAAGUCACAGUGUUUACAGAAGUUCCGGUUCCUUUAACAUUUGAAAAUGUAGUGCGGGCCACAGGGAGCUUCAAUGCUAGCAAUUGCAUAGGCAGUGGAGGUUUUGGAGCAACAUACAAAGCGGAGAUUGCACCAGGGUUCCUAGUGGCAGUAAAGCGACUUGCUGUAGGACGUUUUCAGGGGAUUCAACAGUUUGAUGCAGAAAUCAGAACUCUGGGGAGGCUUCGACAUCCAAACCUCGUAACUCUGAUAGGAUAUCAUAAUAGUGAAACAGAAAUGUUUCUGAUCUAUAACUAUUUGCCAGGUGGUAAUUUGGAAAAGUUUAUUCAGGAGAGGUCUACAAGGGCUGUGGACUGGAGGGUUCUUCACAAGAUUGCUUUGGAUGUAGCCCGUGCACUUGCUUACCUGCAUGAUCAGUGUGUACCACGUGUGCUUCAUCGUGAUGUGAAGCCGAGCAACAUUUUAUUGGAUGAGGAGUAUAAUGCAUAUUUAUCUGAUUUUGGUUUGGCUAGAUUACUGGGAACUUCAGAGACCCAUGCAACUACUGGUGUGGCGGGAACUUUUGGAUAUGUUGCUCCUGAAUAUGCCAUGACUUGCCGCGUCUCGGACAAGGCUGAUGUCUACAGUUAUGGGGUUGUGUUGCUUGAGUUAAUAUCAGAUAAGAAAGCACUUGAUCCGUCUUUCUCUUCUUAUGGAAAUGGAUUCAAUAUUGUUGCUUGGGCAUGCAUGCUUUUACGGCAGGGCCGUGCUAAGGAGUUCUUUACGGCUGGUCUAUGGGAUUCAGGUCCACAUGAUGAUUUGGUUGAGGUCCUACACUUGGCUGUGGUCUGCACGGUUGACUCUCUUUCUACUAGACCUACAAUGAAGCAAGUAGUAAGACGGUUGAAGCAACUUCAACCCCCGUCGUGUUAG